CUUGGGCCGCUGGGGAGGAGCCGGGAGCAAGGCGGGGGGUUGCCGCUCGGCCCACACGAGGAAGGGCGGCAAUCCUGCCCGGCGAAAGGGUGCCCGAGGGAGCCGGCGCUUGCCCUCCCAGGAGCGGCGAUCACGAUGGCCAUCCUGCAGAGCCCCCAGCAGAAGCUGCCGCUCCGCGGGAUCUGCGCCUUCAUCCGCGGGCGCUUCCCUUACUACCGGGCGCGCUUCCCGGCCUGGCAGAACUCCAUCCGGCACAACCUCUCGCUCAACGACUGCUUCGUCAAGGUGCCCCGCGAGCCCGGCAGCGCCGGCAAGGGCCACCACUGGCGCCUCCACCCGGCCUCGCAGGACAUGUUCCGCAACGGGAGCUUCCUCCGGCGAAGGAAGCGCUUCAAGCGGCCGCCGCCCUCGCCGCCCCCCUCGUCGCCCCCGGCCGCCGGCAGGGAGUCAGCCCUCCUGCCCAGCCCACCACGCCUCUUCCUGGUCCCCGGGAGGACGCUGCUGGCUCCCAAGGGCAGCCUCCGCGCGGCGGCGGCGACGCUGCUGGCGGCUUGGCCCGAGCUCAUCCCCGUUGCAGGAGGGGCUCUGGCGGACCUCUGA